AUCGAAGGAGCUAAAAUGGACGCCAUACCUACUUGAAAGUGAAGGCGCGGUAAAAAGAUUUUGUAGUUCAAUUGGGAAGGAUUAUGAAAUUCUGAACGAAGAGGAUCGUACAGCAGUGUGUAAGCAUUGCCGAGAAACAUAAUCAAAUAAAUCUGGUGUUAUAAAUUAAAGAAACAUUUGCAAGGAAUACACGCAAUGGUUUCUGAAGUUGAAUCUGAAGAUGAAGAGAUAAUGACUGAAACUUACCUUGAAGAGGAGAGCGAACAGAUUCGAGAAAAACACCCUCGUACUAGUGUUGUUUGGAAAUACUAUGAACCUCCAAACAGAGAGGAGCGUACAGCAGUUUGUAAAUGUUGCCAAGAAACAUUAUCAUAUAAAUCAAGCAUUUCAAAUUUAAAGAAACAUUUGCAAAGGAAACAUAAGAUGUUUAACAAGCAUAAAUUUGAAGAAGAGAUGCUAACAGAAACAUACCUCGAAGAAGAAAGCGAUGAAGAUGAACAGAAAGAUAAACGGAAAACACUGCGUAGCGGUGUUUGGGAGUACUUCAUGGUAGCUGAUGAGCAGCAGCGGACUGCCACCUGUCAACUAUGCAGUGAAGAGUUCUCCUAUAGAACCACAUCCAGUAACCUAUCUAGGCAUUUGCAGAGACGACACGGCAUAGGCACUGCCUUGAAGCACAGUGACACUGAUAAUGAUGAUGCUGAAGAUAAGAGCAUUGUUCGUAAGCCAAGCAAUAGAACGAGCAUAGCGUGGGAUUAUUUCACUAUCAAAGAUGACAUUAAAAAAAUAGCAACAUGUAAAGUGUGUGACAGCGAUCGUUCUUAUCUAACAUCUACGUCCAAUCUAGUGAAACACGUCAGGAGGAAACAUGGCAUGGGAUAUUUUGUUGACGUCGACAAUGAAGAUGAUGAUACAAAUUUGAAAGAGUCCGAUGCAGUAUCACAUAAACGUUCAUCCUUAUGGUUAUAUUUCAAAUCUAUCGACAAAGUGCAAAACAUUGCAAUGUGUCUGAUAUGCAAAAAACGGUUGAGUUACUUAACCUCUAUUACUAAUUUGAAACGACAUCUCACACGGAAACAUCCGCACUUACAAGUAAAUGGAAUCAUGAAUACUAAAAAUAUGCUAUUAGCGAGCGAUGGCCAAUUGUAUGAGAUUGAUGAUAGUGAAAAGCCAGAGGUACUCGAUGAUAAUGACGAAGACGACGAUCAGAACGCAGAUCCUAUGGAAAUAUACUUAGACGAGGCAGAUGGCGAGAUCGUAACAAAGAGUACUAAAAAACCUGUUAAAAAUUUUAAAAAAGUAGUCGUCGACGAAAGUAACGAUAGCUCAGAUAACGAGAUAACGUUCAAGAAACGAUACAUCAAGAAAAACAACGAUAGCCUAGACAAAUUUGGAAAAUAUUUAGUGUCGUUGCUCAGGGAGCUACCCCAAGCGGUGUCCAAUCAAUUGCAAGCUGAUUUCGUGAAGCAAAUAAUGAAUUAUCAGAAUAAUGAAACCGUUGACGUUAAUAAUCGUUAUGUGACGACAAUAACGGAAUGUGACGUGGAUGAAAAGGUAGCUGUCAGUAGUGCGUCAAACGAUGGCGCGUUUAUUAAGAACGACAAUAGCUGAUAAAUCUUAAUAAACUUGUUCUUAGU